CGGUCAUACUGCAAAAAGAAGCAAAAACGCAGGCACGGGCGUUUUUGUUAAGUCUUGUAUUUUUAAGAGUUUAGCUGCUAAGUUAUAAAGUGCUACUGCAACAACAACCACAAGAAAGGAACGCCAGGCAACAAAAAAUCCAUGCAAACCGGUAAAAGUUUAACGAAAAAAGAGUACAGCGAAAUGUUAAAUAACGUAUGCUGACGCGAAUAACAACAAAUUGCUGGUCAAUUGCUGGGAAGUGGGUGGCAGGCGACAGCGCGACAGCAGCACGCCGCUUGCGGCGCAGCGUAAACAAACACGGACGCGCACAUGUACAGUUACACAAACAUACAUACACGCAUAAACGAACACAAACACACAUACAAACGGCCUUGCUAUGGAGGCGGCACAGCUUGUUUACAUAAAAGUAACGCGACUAGCUUUGAAGUCAUCCACAUAUCUAUCAAAGCGUCGCAUUAGUGAGCUGAACACCAACUUUGGUGAGUUGCGUCUGCUGCUGUCGUGCGUCGUCUGCUGUGAGCUGUUAACGGAUCCAUACGAACCCAAGGGACGUCGCUGUGGACACUACGUUUGCCGGCUCUGUAUGCGCGGACGCAAGCGUCUGUUUCCACGAUGCAAGGAGUGCUAUGACUGCUGUAACUUCAGGACCUACGAGGAAAGCGAAGCCAUGGCGCUGCAGUUGCUCUGCUACAAAGCCAUGUGCACUCAUCUGAUGCAGACAACAGUCUUCACACAGCUCUACGGCUUGCGUCCGACUACUCUCCCGAACCAGGGCGAACGAAAGCCGCGCAUCCAUUUGCCCGACUGGCCAACACAGUGGUUCAUACAAGAAGGCGCCAACUAUGACGAUAUGCGUGACAUUUUUCUGUCAGCGUCGGAGGAUUUGUUUUACAACAAGAGACCCGCAUCACUGCCGUCGGAAACACCGCCCACCACAGCUGCCACAACGCCGGAGCUGCCCUAUGAGCAACACACGCCGGAGCAGAUGUCAAUUAAUGGCAUUGAGUUGGAGGCAGCUGCCACGGGAGAGGAAGGACUGUACUCUCAUAUGCUGCCGAUGAUUAAUACUGAGGCACGCAUGUUGACGACGGCGUCACAGCAGCAUAUACUAGUAGAUACUGCAUCGCAGACGACCCCAUGGAAUGAGCAUGACAUGAUCAGCACUGCGGAGUACACUGACUACACGGAUUCCAACUGGAGCGAGCAAAUUGAGCUACCUGGCCAUUACACGCUGCCCACAUUCAAUGGCAAUAUGCCGGGAUACGCUACCUAUGUCAUACCCAGCGAUGAGCUAAAUAUGUCCGAGUAUCAACAGCUGGUUCACAUACCACAAGAGCUAGGCCAAGUGGCACCUGAAUCUGUUGUAGUAUAUCAGCCAGUUGAGGCAUCUGCACCUGUUGCGCUACCUCAACCCAUUGUUGUACCUCAACCCGUUGUAGUAUCUCAACCCGUUGUAGUAUCUCAACCUGUUGGAGUACCUCAACCAGUUGCAGUAGCUCAGCCGACAGCCAUAGCUCCAUGCACAGUCAUAGAUCGACCCGCUACAGAAAUUCCUCCCGUUACAGUGGUUGAAUCCGCAAGCGUUGCUGAACCUCUGCCCGUUUCCCAGACCAUCUCUAAACGCCGACAUGCUGAGCUGGUCGUUGAAGAGUCGUGGGAGGAAGCCGACCAAGAAGAGCUUGUUGCAGUAGCCCAACCCAUAGCCGUUUUACAAUCCGCUACAGAAGUUCCUCUCGUUGAAGUGGCUGCGCCCGCAGCAGUCCCUGCAUCUCUUCCCGUUGAAGUGAUUGAGCCCGUAGCCGACGCUCAACCUCUGCUCGAUGUUGUGUCCGAGACCAGCUAUAACCGUUGGCAUGCUCAGCUACUCGCUGCAGAGUCAGAGGAGGAAGAGGACGAGCAAGAAGAGCCUGUUGAAGUAGCUGAGCCCAUAGUCGCAGCUAAGCCCACAGCAGCAGCUGAACCUGCAGCCGUAGCGCAGUCCGCUACAGAAGUUGAACAAGUAGCCGUAGCUUCACCUCUGGCCAUUGAAGAAACUGAGCCCGUAGCUUCACCUCUGCCCAUUGAUGUGGACAAACCCGUUGUUGUAGAUAAACCUCUGCCCGUCUCUGCGUCGAAGACCAGUUAUAAACGCCGACAUGCUCAGAUCGUCGCUGAAGAGUCGGAGCUGGAGGAGGCCGUGCAAGAAGAGCCUGUUGAAGUAGCUCAGCCUAUAGUCGUAGAGGCAGCUGAAUCUGCAGUUGUGGUGCAAUCCGCUACAGAAGUUCCUCCCGUUGAAGUGGCUGUGCCCGUAGCCGUAGAUAAACCUCUGCCCGUUUCUGCGUCGAAGACCAGCGAUAAACGCCAAAGUGCUCAGCUCCACGCUGCAGAGUCAGAGGAGGAGGACAAGCAAGAACAGACUGUUGCACUAGCGCCAUCCGCUAGAGAAGUUUCUCCCGUUGCAGUGUCUGAACCCGUAGCCGUAGCAUCACCUCUGCCCGUUCAAGUGGAUGAACCUGUAGAUAAAUCUCUGCCCGUUUCUGCGUCGAAAACUAGCAAUAAACGCCGACAUGCUCAGAUAGUUGCUGAAGAGUCAUCGGAGGAGACAUCCUCAUCAGACGAGCCUGUUGAGCCACCCACACGUAUGAAGCUGCGCAACCAAAAGGCUACCAUAAUCUCAUCUGUGCAAGUGAAGCCACCCACGCCAGUUCUUCCAGUGGUUACGGCUAAGGCCGCAGAGCCCGUGGCUACAAGGACUUCACCCCUCAAGUCAACACCCACAUCUGCAUUCAAAGCAAGCAAACCUAAGGAUGCGCGCAUGCUGCACACGUGUCGCUGUGGCACAUCCUCUGCGCCCGGCAGGACCACUUGCCGUAAUUCGCGCUGCACCUGCUAUGUAGCUGGCAAAUCCUGUGUGAACUGCAAAUGCGUUGGCUGCAAGAAUCCUCAUGAAUUUACAGGCGUUAGCAGCGAUGAAGAAACGGAGGUGGAGGACGUGGACGAGACGGAUUCGGAGACGGAGUUGCAGUACGAGAAGGAAAUGCAGCAAAAGAAAAAAGAGAAGCAAGCACAACAGACGGCUAAGCAGCAAUCGAGUACAGCAAAAGCUGCAACUACUCCAGCAGCUGGCAAGGAAAAUGAUUUUACUUUAGUGUUCGUGCCCGAUAUAACAAAAUCCAAACAUCCCAUCAUCUUGGUGCAAGAUGAGGGCGUGUUCCAACCUUUCAAUAUGUUCCAUGGCAAUGUGCCAGGUGAUCCCGCUCUGCGGGGCUGGGACCGCAUAUUGUUGCAAAACAGCGAUGCUAAGGGCGAAGGACCAACAUUUGCCUACAUUAUGCCCAUGGUGCUGCCACCUGCUACUGCUACAACUGAAGCCCCAGCGCCCUCGUCCCCGAAGUUGGCCUCCGAGCAAGAAACCAAGUCCGAACAAGAGUCCAAAGCCAAAGAACUGCCCAAGUCCGAGCUAGCGCCCAAGUCUGAAGACGAGUCCAAGUCCGAACUGCCGACAAAGAAGUUCAAAGGCGAUUCCAGCUCAACCAAUUAUGCGACCAAGGAUGCGCUUGUUAGUGGCAGCUCACCGUCUGCCGCUGGCGACAGGCGUGACACUGACAAUGCGCAGUCGCUCUUCGAGAAGAUUAUGGCUGGUUCGGAUAAUGAGUUUUGAAUUCUUGUAAUCUGUGUGUAGUUCCUCUACCUGGAUGUUGUAAUCUUUCUUUUGUUGCUAAUACUUUGUAUUGUAUAUGCGCUUAUUAUAUGUAAACCUUUUUUUUUCAUAGUCUAAGCGCGCGUAAUUGGUUUAACCAGUUUUAAUUUAUUUGCCAAUAUUUUUGGCAAACUUCAAAAUCAGAUUGUAUCCAAAGCGCCAAACUGAAAUUAUUUAUACAACUCUAUGUCGU